GGACAAGAAAACAUCCGGAGAAAAGAACUGGAGAGAGCUCUCAGGAGGAGACCAGGACUCUUAAGGAUUGGAACAAUGUCACAUCUGGUGGACCACACAUCAGGGGACCUGCCAGUUAGAGACACGGACUCAGUAUCUCUGUCAAAAGGUAAGAAUAUAAAAGCCCAAGCAGCCUUGAGCAGGAUGAGCCGAGAGGAACUGGAGGACAGUCUCUUUCAACUUCGUGAAGAGCACAUGUCAGUGAAAGACCUUUUUUGGAAGCAACAGGAGGAGAUGAAAAGGCUGAAGACGACCUUGCUGCGCCUGAGACUGGCAGCCGCGGGCGGGGACCUGCGGGCCGAGGUGGCCGCUGCGCGGGGAUCGGGGCCCAGGGGGCGGCCCGGCCGGUCAAAGGACAGGCCGAGCUACACAGCCCCUCCCAGACUCAAGGCGCACGUGACGAAUGGAAAACCAAGAGGUGAAACAGCCUGUGAACCCAGCGAACUCAAAGUCAUAAUUACGGCUAAACCCGCUGGUCUCUGUGUGCCUCGCAGUACCCACAUUACGGCCAACAGCGCUGUGCCAGUGGAAGGAUCACCGGCAUCUCCUGAGAAAAUGUGGUCCAGAGAUGACCGUUCUGAGCAGAGACCCUCACUGGAGUGUGCUCAGAGGGCUGCAGGACUUCGAGCUUCCAUUAGGGAGAAUGUGGAACUGAUCCGGCUGAAGAAGCUCCUACAUGAACGCGAUACCUCCCUGGCAGCCACGAAAGCACAGUUAACAGAAGUUCAAGAGGCGUAUGAAAACUUGCUCCAGAAGAAUCAGGGACUCUUGAGUGCAGCCCACAGUGCCCUCUUCAGCCAAGUGGACGAGCUGAGGGCAGAGUUCAAGGAGGAGAGCAGGAGGACUGCGAGCCUGAGGAGCCAGCUGGAAGAUGUGUCCAUCCUGCAGCGGACGCUCACGGAGUUUCAGGAAAGAGUUGAAGAUUUGGAAAAAGAACGAAAAUUGCUGACUGACAACUAUGACAGACUCUUGGAGGACGUGCUGGACAGCAAGCAGCCUCUGUGGAGUAGUGAGCUCGCGGGUGAUCAGCUGUGGCAGCAGCUCUCUCAGCUGCAGGAUAAGCUGGACACUGAACUGGAGGAGAAAAGAAAAAUCUUGCUUCAGCUGUCCACAGAGAAAGCUCAAAAUGAGGAUCUGAAGCUUGAAGUCAGCAACAUCCUUCAGAAGCAUAAGCAGGAGGUAGAAAUGCUCCAGAGGGCAGCCGCCGUGGCCCAACCUCCCGACAGGCUGCCUGAACCAGCUCUGCUCCCAGACCUGUCCCCAGAGGCAGCUCAGAGAGAGCCUAGUGAACCCAGAGUUCAAGAAGAGAAGAAGCUGUCCCAGAUGCUGAGUGAGCUCCGAGUAUCCCACGCAGAGACCACCCUAGAGCUGGAGAAGACCAGAGACAUGCUGCUCCUGCAGCACCAGAUCAACGCGUGCUACCAGGAGGAACUGGAAGCCAUGGUGACAAAAGCUGACAGCGAAAGUAAAGAUCACAGAGAAAAACUGGAGCGGCUGAGUCAGCUCCUAGACCUGAAGAACAACCGGAUCAAGCAGCUGGAAGGUAUCUUAAGAAGCCAUGGACUCCCGACAUCUGAACAGCUCAAAGAUGUUGCUUAUGGCACCCGACCGCUGUCAUUAUGUCUGGAAACGAUGCCAGCCCCUGGAGAUGAGAAUGGAGUGGAUGUUUCUCUGCUGCAUCCGAGUGAGAAUCUUUUCGAACUGCACAUCCACCAGGCUUUCCUGACAUCCGCUGCUCUGGCUCAGGCUGCAGACACACAACCCACCACUUUCUGCACCUAUGAUUUCUACGAUUUUGAAACCCACUGCACCCCACUGUCAGUGGGGCCGCAGCCCCUCUAUGACUUCACCUCCCAGUACGUGGUGGAAACCACUUCCCUUUUUGUGCACUAUCUUCGAGGGGGUUCUGCCCGGCUUGAUUUACACCAGGCUGUGGCCAGUGAGCACCAGACCCUUGCAGCUGCGUGGAUUUGCUUUGACAAGGUGCUAGAGACCGUGGAGAAAGCCCGUGGCUGGGCCACGCUUACUGGAGCUGGUGGAGAAGACUUCGGAGUGCUAGAGUACUGGGUGAGGCUACGCCUGCCCCUCAAAGCCAGCCUACAGGCAUGCAGUAAGCGGAAGAAAGCCCAGGCCUACCUGUCAGUCAGUGUGCACGGAGCCAGGGAGGCCCCGGAGAGUGAGGCCAAAUCGGACACCUUGGACCCUCCGAAUGAGCUGCGGAUUGAAAUCACCAGGUGCUGUGGCCUCCGGAGUCGACGGCCGGGAACUCAGCCCAGCCCGUAUGCCAUGUACCGCUUCUUCACCUUUGCUGACCAUGACACUGCCAUCAUCCCCGCCAGUGGCAGCCCCUGCUUUAAAGACCAAGCCCAGUUCCCAGUGCUGAUGAGCUCUGAGCUGGAUCAGUACCUGAGGCGGGAGGCCCUGUCCAUAUACAUUUUUGAUGAUGAAGACGCAGAGCCUGGCUCUUACCUCGGCCGCGUCCAAGUGCCCUUGCUGCCUCUGGCACACAAUAAGCCCAUUAAAGGUGAUUUUAACCUCACUGACCCUGCCGAGAAACCCAGUGGAUCCAUUCAGUUGAAGCUGGACUGGAAGUCUCACUACCUCCCUCCCGAGGGCCUCCUGAAACUGGAAGCUCACACUAAGAACCGGCUGUCGCCAGCUGAGGUUCCCAGCAGAGAUGACCGGUCCCAAGCGAAGAGAAAACCUCUUCUGAUGGGAGCCAGGAAGGAAAAGGAACGCCAGGUUGUGAGCUACUCAAGAAGAAAACAUGGCCAGAGAAUAGGUAUCCAGGGGAGGAGCAGACUGGAGUACUUCAGUCGUAACAUCCUAAGUGGAGACGCGAUACAACAGGUAAACUACACAGACUGGAAGUUCUCGGGGCUUAAGAUCUCAAAAGAUGACGGUUUCAACACUCAGCUGGAGGAAGAAGAAACGGCAUGGUCGCACUCAGCACUGAGACAGAAGGAACCCCCGCACCCUGUAAAUGAUCAGGAAUCCUCUGAACAAGCUUCUGAAGCCAGUGAAGUGCAGACCACCGACAGCGAUGAGGUUGUAGUGGCAGCCCUACCUCAGAAGCGCCCCGCGGUGGAUUCGGAGAAAAUGCGCAUUGAAAUCGUCUCCCUGGCCUUCUGCCCAGAGGCUGCAGUCCUGGCGGAUGACAGCGUGCAGCAGGUGUACGUGGAGUAUAAAUUCCAUGACCUGCCCUUGUCGGAGACAGAGACUCCGAUGUCCCUGAGGAAACCCAGGGCGGGAGAAGAAAUCCACUUCCACUUCAGCAAAGUGAUUGACCUGGACCCUCUGGAGCAACAAGGCCGAAGGCAGUUCCUGUUUGCCAUGCUGCAGGCGCAAGAUCCUAGGCAAGGACACCUCAAGUUCACGGUAGUGAGCGACCCCCUGGACGAGGCAGCGAGAGAGUGUGAAGAGGUAGGGUAUGCCUACCUGGAACUGUGGCAGGUCCUCGAAUCUGGAAGAGACGUUGUGGAGCAGGAGCUGGAGAUUGUCAGCCCUGAAGACCAGGAUGUAGUAAUAGGAAGGCUGAAAGUUUCCCUCCAGGCAGCGGCGGUCCUCCACAGUAUUUACCAGGAGAUGACUGAGGACCUGUGGUCGUGAAGGAUCGACGCCCUUCCAUUCUAAAGCCUGAGGGAACCGAAGUAAAAUGUCUCUAACGAAGUAACUUGCUAUACCCUAAGUAUUUUUCCUGGGAUAUCUAGAUCUCAACCUAAUGAUGGAAGUCUAGAA